ACUGUCCCAGCAUGAGAAACACCUGAUGGUUACAGCGUUGCUCGCCGUGUCGACACAUCUGCAGCACACAGCAGCAUUGCGGCGCAGUCCGGCGAGAAGAGCCGGGGUGAGGGAGGCCAUCGUCACACACGCCAUGGCGGAUUCGAAUUCGUGGGCCACGGUUUGGGAUGCGCCGUUCCUUAUGGCGAAUGCCAUUGUGUCGGGCGUCCUUCCUAGGGAGACGCCACGGUGGUGGAUUCGGAGGAGAACCGACGGAACAUGGCAAGAUCUCAUAAUUGAUGAUGACACCACAUACGACUAUUUCCAUGAGAAACUACGAAUGACGAGAGGGGCGUUCUACGACAUCGUUGCCACCUGCACUCCUUUUCUUCAACGGUCCCUCACUCAUUACCGCACUCCAUUGAUGUCGGAGCAGCUGGUGGCGUUCGCUCUGUACAGGUGGGCGAGCGGCGAGACGUUUGACAGUGCAACAUCGUCAUUUGGGAUGGGGCGGUCGAGUGGUAUCAAGGCGGUGAGGGACGUGACGAACGCUAUCUUGUCUGCAUAUGCGGACAAGAUAGCGAUGCCGACAGGUCGGCGGUUGCUGCAGGUUACACGAGCGUUUGCAGCAAAGGGAUUCCCAAACUGUUUUGGUUGCAUGGACUGCGGUCACGUGUACGUCGACACGCCAGCAAAUGAGCCAGCAGAAAACUAUUUCGAUCGAAAGCAGCAGUACUCUGUCAUUGCUCAAGUCGUCGUCGACCUCGACAUGCGUGUGUUGGAUGUUCACGUGGGGUAUCCGGGCAGCAUCCACGACGCCAUGGUUUUGAUCAAUUCGUCGUUGUACAGACGUGCAGAAGCUGACACUUUGUUCUUGGCGGAUGCGGUGGACCUGCCACACGGGGUGCGAACGAGGGGGUACGUCCUCGCGCACAACGGCUAUGGACCCUUGCCCUGGCUUGUAGUGCCUCAGCUUACGGUGAAGUAGAGCAACCUCCCGAUGAGGCGCAUUUCGACACGUGUCACAAGUGAUCAUGGAAUGUUGUCGAACAAGCAUUUGGGAGACUGAAGGGGAUGUGGCGGCUGGUUUUGGGCCACCACAAGACGAACAUGGAGAAUCUGCCCCAGCAAUUCAUCAUCGUUUGUAUUUUGCACAACUUGUUGAUCGAGGGGGUCACUAGUUUAGGGGUGGACUGUACUUAGAGCCACCCGCUGUCUUUUAGGAAUCGUGCAAGUCAAUCCUUUCGUUUGCCAGCGAAAGUAAUCAAUGUUUGCACGUUGA